UUAAUACUUAUGUUACAUGUACGUAAAAAGAUGGUCCCUCACAUCCUUCCGAACUGCUCUACGACAAUACCCAACAAGUCGGGUGAUGACUCAGGCAGAGAAUUGACCUCUCCACGCCAUAGGAGAGGAUCUGGAGAGCCUGGAGACAAAUAUGUCCAUCAAAAACACAAUGGCUCACAUGCUAUUCUCGACAAUACUAUUGAAACGCUGAGGACAGCUUCUGGAAAUUCAUUAAGUAAUGGCAGUGCACCGCUAGAGGAGGAAGAAAUUGUAAGUGACACAGAACCCCUGCUGCAGCAACAACACAGAGAAGCAAGUAGGAAGCUAGAGGGAGAUUUUGAUGAUGGGCCAGAGUUUGAUUUUCGUUCUCCUCCCCCUGAGACGGAAGAGACAGCUCUGACAAUUGCUCUGCAGGUGUUUGUUCCUUACCUCAUAGCUGGAUUUGGAACUGUAGGAGCAGGCCUAGUGUUAGAUGUUGUGCAGCAUUGGGAAGUGUUUGCCAAGGUCUCAGAGGUGUUUAUACUAGUCCCAGCUUUAUUAGGACUGAAGGGAAACCUGGAAAUGACUCUGGCAUCACGGCUCUCCACACAGGCCAAUCUGGGGAACAUGGACAAAGCAUCAGAACAGUGGAAAAUGAUAGGAGGGAAUUUAGCACUGACGCAGGCUCAGGCAAUCAUUGUUGGGUUUCUUGCUGCCAUAGCUGCUAUGGUGAUGGGAUGGAUACCUGAGGGCAAGUUUAGUCUGUCCCAUGCCCUGUUAUUGUCUGCAAGCAGUGCCUUGACAGCAUCUUUGGCUAGUCUAGUCUUAGGAAUAGUAAUGAUAGGUGUAGUAAUGCUGUCUAGAAAAUGUGGGAUUAACCCAGACAACGUGGCCACACCCAUAGCUGCCAGUCUAGGGGACUUGACCACCCUGACUUUCCUGGCUUCUAUUAGUAUGGUGCUGUUUAAAGCCAUUGGUCAGCAGGUGUGGCUGUCCCCCUUGGUGGUCAGUCUGUGUCUGGUGGUCACUCCAGUGUGGCUGGUGGUAGCCUACAGGAACAAGUAUACUCAUGAAGUGGUCUACACUGGCUGGACUCCUAUUAUAUGUGCCAUGGUCAUCAGCAGUGUGGGAGGGCUGGUGUUGGAUUUUGCUGUGUCAAAUUUCCACGGAAUUGCUGUGUUCCAACCUGUGAUAAACGGUGUUGGUGGAAAUCUAGUAGCUGUUCAAGCCAGUCGUCUUUCUACAGCUCUUCAUAAAGUCAGUGUGCCAGGACGUUUGCCAGAGGGGUCACCCAGGGGGUGUGCAAACCCCUUCUCCGUUUUCUUUGGAAAAGUCAGAGGUUUAAGGGGUAUGAGUCCAAAGACGGUUCGGGUCCUGAUAUUAAUGGUGAUUCCAGGACACCUGAUCUUCAUCUACACCAUAGCUUUCAUGAGUGCUGGCCACACAUCCAUUACCUGGAGAUUUGCUCUGGUCUAUCUCAGUGCUGCAAUCAUACAGGUUGCCAUUUUGUUGUACAUAGCCAUAUGGAUGGUCCAUUACAUGUGGAAGAAUGGGGACGAUCCUGAUAACUUUGCCAUACCGUACCUCACAGCACUGGGAGACUUGCUGGGCACAGGACUCCUGGCUGUGGCUUUCCUCAUACUGUACAGUGUGGGAGACAAGGAUGCCGAUGUGGGAGAUUAAGGAUACAGGGGAUUAGGGGAUUAAAGAUGAAGAACGAAAUUAUUUAUUAGUGACUCUUAGGUGAACAGCAAUCACUCAUUAGCCUAUUUUAAGAUCGAGAUAUUUAUUUAUUUAUUUGUAUAGAUUUUUCAACACGCUUUUAUACAAGUGUCUAUAUCACAUUUGGAGAGUUUUUCAUUUCGAAUUCCAUAACGCAAAGUUUGAAAUAUGUGGAUCAUAUCAGACACCUUCACAUAGUCCCAAGACUGUCAUCAAACAAUUGAAAUUAGUUCCUUUCUUUCAAGUUUUGGAUAAAUAAUACAUUACAUUGGAUGGUUUGUGAUAAAUUUAUGUAAUUAUGUUGGUUUUUUUGGUUUUAGUUGAAAUUUACAAUGAUUGUGAACCUACAGAUAUAACAUACAUAACAUUUCACAGGAUCUAAGCACUGGUUCAAGAUACUCAGUUUUUGAAGAUGUUUAAGACAGAAAAUCCAUUCUGUAGCCCACAGGCAAUGGGGAAUAACUACCAAUAUGUGUAUCUUUAUGAAUUUUGAUAAAUUUAUAUUGGUUGCUUAGUCUGUCAGACUGAUACUGUGCAGAAAAAGACAGGUGCAAGGAAGAGACUGUGAUAUUAAGGAUAAAUCAUGUGUUAAAAUAAUGUAUUAAGCAGAUCUGUUGGAUAAUAUUUAUGAACUCUUUAUCAGCUAACGCUUAGAAUUGUCCUCUGGAUUUUAUGAGAUCUGAAAAGGGUCAGAAAAUGAAUUUGCGUGGUAAUCCUUUAACGUUGAUGGGGGAAUCAAAUGCAUUAAUGACAGUACACUGAACUAGAUUAGUCUAGUAAACUGACAUAUAACUUAUUCAGGCAGAAUCUUACUUGCAAUAAUAAUCUUCUUGGUGGGUUGAAAAAAUCAAAUAUUUUAUCCACCUACGGGCUCGUGUACAUCACCUGAUUUUUACUCAGUGAAGCUUUACAGGUACAAUAGAGAUUUUUUUCUCAAAAAAUGUGAGUUACUCUGAAGCGGAAGUUUAUGUGAUAUCUCUUUUCUGACAGACAGAGUAUGAUUUAGGUUGAUGCAUUGAUUAAAUGAUAGCAGUUAAAGGGGAUUUGUUGGAGGUAAAACCACAGUGGCAUUUCUCACCUUACACAAUAUAAGAUAUUAAAGCCAAAAUGAUGGGUUACCUAAUACAGUUUUAAUUGUGUCAUAGGGAAGCCAUCAAUUUGACUGACUCUUAGACCCCAUUUCCAGAGAUUAGAUCCAUCUACUUUAGAUCGACCUAACUCCCUGGGGGUUCACGCUAAAUAGCUGUCAGCCGAACGGUCUAAUGAUAGCAGUUAAAGGGGAUUUGUUGGAGGUAAAACCACAGUGGCAUUUCUCACCUUACACAAUAUAAGAUAUUAAAGCCAAAAUGAUGGGUUACCUAAUACAGUUUUAAUUGUGUCAUAGGGAAGCCAUCAAUUUGACUGACUCUUAGACCCCAUUUCCAGAGAUUAGAUCCAUCUACUUUAGAUCGACCUAACUCCCUGGGGGUUCACGCUAAAU